UAGCAGUUAGGGACUGUAGAAAAUCCAUACAGGAAGCAAAAUAGAAGAGAAAUCUCAGGCCACGGGGACUGAGGACGCUGAGAGGGCGCUUUUGAAAUAGAUGAAGCUCAUCGAGUGUGCAAUAGCUGCAGGCUGGGACGGCCGCCCAUGCGAAGGAGGGCAGGCACUGGGCUCCGCCGACUGCUCAUCCAUGCUCAGGAAAAGAGCCAGAAGGUGCAAUUAUGAAUAAAGCCACAGCAGGAGGAAUUCAAAAACAGCUUUUAAGCGCGUCCGCCUCGCUGGAGCCACGGCAAUGAAUGGGCACACUCUGCCAGCCGGCACGCCAGCGCAUCCCCGGGGCUGGCAUGAGUUCUGCGAGCUGCACGCCAUCAGCACCGCCAAGGAGCUGGCGCGGCACUACCUGCGCUUCGCCACCGAGCACCCGCACCAUGACCUCCUGGCCGCAGAGAACUUCUCGGUGCAGUUCACCGACCUCUUCCAGCAGUACUUCUGCCAUGAGGUGAAGGAAGGAUUUGCCAUGAACCAGCUCCGCAUCCUGCCCGCCGGCCCGGCGCGGGAUUACCGGGAGACGCAUCGGCGCCACACGGAUGCCUCCUUGGGCAAUGUGGCCACCAAAGCCGAGGCAGAUCCAGGCUCCGAGCAGCCCGGCCGAGCUCCUGAAGCCACCCCAUCAGGGCUCCGCAAGUCCUGGAGCUCGGAGGAGCUGUCGGGGCCGGCGCGGCGCCCGUUCUCACUCAGCCAGUUGCGCAGGAGCUGGCGCAGCCUCUUCCGACGCCGUUCCUCAGAUGCUCUCCCUGGGGAUGGGGAUGGGGAGGCAGCGGAGGCAGCUCUGAAGCCGGGACUGGGGAAGCGCAUCCUGCCCUGGGGGCUGUCGCGGGAGCAGCCCCCCGAGGUGCGCAAGGAGGGGAUCCUCAAGUACGGGCUGCUGGAUGAGAGCUCCUUGGACAGCGGGACGCGCUGGCAGCGCUGCCGCCUGGUGCUGCGGCGAGCGGGGACAUCUGAUAGCGAGGAGUAUGUGCUGGAGCUCUUCGACCCACCCAAGGGCUCCAAGCCGAAGCUGCACGCCGCCUGCUCUGCCGUGCAGGAGGUGCGGAGGUGCACGCGCCUCGAGAUGCCCGAUAACCUGCACACCUUCGUCCUCAAGGUCACCAAUGCUACGGACAUCCUGUUUGAGGCAGGGGACGAGCAGCAGCUCAGCUCCUGGACGGCCGAGAUCCGGGAGUGUGCACGCAGGGGCAGGUCUGAUAUGGGUGACCCCGAUCUGCUGGCAUGCUGGCACCCCAAUCCUGCAGCCGCCAGCCCCACUACCAGCACGGACACCCAGAGCCAAGCAGGGGCGACGCCGGGGGUCCCGGGGGAGGCGGCGGGGCCGAAGAUGGAGCAGUUCCUCUCCUCCUGCCCCUGGUUCCAUGGGCCCAUCUCCCGCGUGAAGGCGGCUCACCUGGUGCAGGUGGGGGGGCUGGAGGGACACGGCGUCUUCCUGGUGCGGCAGAGCGAGACGCGCCGCGGCGAGUAUGUGCUCACCUUCAACUUCCAGGGCAGAGCAAAGCACCUGCGGCUGGCGCUGACAGAGCGGGGCCAGUGCCGUGUCCAACACCUCCGCUUCUCCUCCAUCGUGGAGAUGCUGCACCACUUCCAUCGCUACCCCAUCCCGCUGGAGUGCGGGACAGCCUGCGAUGUCCGGCUGUCCAGCUAUGUCGUCGUCCUGCCCCAGCCACAAGCUCCUGGCUCCAGCACCACGGUCCCUCUCCCGCUGCCCAUUCCCAGCUGGAGCCCUGACUUCAGCCUCGUCCCCACCAGCUCCUCCUGCCCCCACGGCCCCAAUGAGCCCCCUCCGGGUCCCCCAUCGGAGCAGAUCUUCCACGUGGUGCCGCCGCCGUCGGAGCUGGCGCAGAGCCUGCGCCCCAGCAGGGCAGCCCCCAGCCCCCGGCACCGCGAUUCGGACUACGAGGUGGAGGCACCGGGCCGGGGCCACGUCCGUGCCAUUGACAACCAGUACACACCGCUCUGACGGGGGCUGCUCCGGCACCGGGAUGCACUUUUGGGCAGAGAAAUCCCAGAGACCUUCUGGGUAUCCCAUCGAGAGAAAGAAUGUACCGUUUCUUCCUUCUGGUUAGGGAUGAUUAUUGUAUUUUUGCAAGGAAGGGGGUAAUUUUUCACUCCAGUACGGGUGUGCUCCCUCUCUUCGGCCUGUUAAAGGGCCUCUUAGUUGUAUUUUCUGGUUGUUAUAAUCAAAGCUUUCUUCGUCACUGUUUACACACGCCGCUCGUGCCUGCGUCCCUGCGUGCCGGGCAUCGCGCCAUCGGGCUCAGCAUCCCACCCAGCGAAGGAACCGGGGUCUUGAGUUGUACUCAUUUGAUUGGAGAAAGGCAUAAAAAAGGAGGAAAAUAAGAGAAGUGGGUUAUAAAUUCAUCACCAGUUGCUGCUCCGGCGAAGAUGAGCCCCGUCCUCCUGCCCCAGCACGUGGUGCUGCUGCUGCCAAAGCCACCUGCAAAGCCCAACCUGCUGGAGCUGAGCUCCUGCAUUGAUGAUGGUCACGAUCAGAGAUUGGGCUUUGUUUGUAGAUAAGGCAAAAAACUGGCUUUUCUCACUCUUCUUUUUAACCCAGAGCAGCUGCAGUGACUCCCUGCACCAGCCAGAGGAAUACUUACACCAUCAGCCUUGCUAAUUGAGACGUGAACACUAACUGCUCCAUCAUUAAUAUGUCACUAGGUGAGAACUAAUGCGGAGACUGACGGCAAACCACUCCUCCACAUCACCACAGAUGGUGAUGGAGGUGUUUUAUCAUGGUGAUGGAGGUAUUCUAUCAUGGUGAUGGAGGUGUUCUAUCCCAGUGAUGGAGGUGUUU